ACAAAAAAGAAAAAAAAUGUUUACAAAAAAUUUAAUUAAAAAUGUGAUAAAAUACACAAUUUCCCGAAACAUUCAGGGCUCCCAAGUUUACCGGCAUGGAGAAUUUGAGUGGCAAGAUCCCAAAUCGGAAGAUGAAGUUGUAAAUAUCACCUAUAUAGAUAAGGAUGGAAAACGAAUGGCUGUGCGGGGUAAAGUGGGUGAUAACGUGCUGUAUUUGGCUCACCGGCAUGAGAUUGAGAUGGAGGGUGCUUGUGAGGCUUCUCUGGCCUGCACAACGUGCCAUGUGUACGUGAAAGAUGAAUACCUGGAUCGUCUUCCUGAAUCCACUGAGAAGGAAGAUGAUCUACUCGACAUGGCGCCCUUUCUCAAACAGAACUCCCGACUGGGAUGCCAAAUUGUCCUGACCAAGGAACUCGAGGGCUUAGAAUUGCAACUCCCCAAAGCCACGAGAAACUUCUACGUUGACGGACACAAGCCCAAGCCACACUGACUGGAAGUAAUCUCUGUGUGUUUUCUUCUCCAAAUCCAGAUUUGUUGAUCAUCAUCAUUUUUUUAGAGCAAUAAAAGGUAUUCUUUAGUAUA